GAACCAGAUGAUUACCGAUCUACCUUAACCUAAAUCAAGUUAAGAUUUGUCAAUUACGUGGAUAAAUUGUUCCGUAUUGUAGUAGUUUAUAGUGUUAACACAUAUUAAAUAUCAAAAUACAUGUCAUUUAUAAAAUGAUUUCCUAUUUUAUCCUAUUUUUUAAUAUAAAACAUAAAUAAAUACGAAUACUAAUAGUUUGACGUUACUAAUUCAAGCGAUUUCGAAUAUAUAAAAUAAUAUAUAAAAUAACUAGAAAAUUAUGAUACUUUUUGUUUAUUAAUAAAAUAUAGACUUUCUGAAAAAAAAUAAGAAAUAUUAAAAUUUAUUCUAUUGAAAUGAUGAUGGAGUUGAGUCAUAGUUUGACUCUCAAUGAGGAUGCCCUUAAUCAAAUCCCAGAGGCCAAGAGACCAAUUUUUAUAUUUGAAUGGUUACGUUUCUUGGAUAAAGUUUUAAUAGCUGCACAAAAGAGCGAUAUUAAAGGAUGUCAACAAAAAUUAGUAGAACAAUUAACUAAACAUAUGCAAGGAUCUCCUGGACCUCCUACAAGAAGACUUAUUGCAAGAUGUCUUGCAACUUUAUUUAGUGUUGGUGAUACAUUUUUGCUUUUUGAUACUGUUAAUAAAUGUAAUGAUAUUCUCAGAAAUAAAGAUGAUUCACCGAGUUUUCUUCCAACAAAGUUAGCUGCUAUAUGUUGUGUGGGAUGUAUGUAUGAAAAAUUAGGAAGAAUGAUGGGUAGAUCAUAUGAAGAAACUGUACAGAUUUUAAUAAAAUCUUUACGUUCCGCAGAAUCACAGACACGAAUAGAAAUUAUGUAUACUUUAGAGAAGGUUUGUGCAGGCAUGGGAUCUGCAAUUACAAAUGUACAUAAAGAAAUAUAUAAAGUUUCUAAACAUUAUCUUACAGACAGAGUAAUGGCUGUAAGAUGUGCUGCUGCAAAGUGUUUAUUAGAAAUGUUAAAUCAUGCAUCAUUUUUAUAUACAACUGAAAUAGAAAGCGUUGCUACACUCUGUUUUCGAGCAUUUGAAGGUUCAAAUUAUGAAGUAAGAUGUGCUAUUGCAAAAUUACUUGGCACAUUAGUAGCAAUGACACAACUACCAACUCCAAAAGGAAAAAAUCCUUCAGUUACCCAAAAUAAAAAUAAUAAACAAAUCUCACUUGAUGAAGUAUUGAAUAUUUUAAUGUCUGGAUUUUUAAGAGGUGGAGUAGGCUUUUUAAAAGGAACUGGAGAGAUAAUAAAAGGAAAUUCUAGUGUAAAUAGAGAAGUUCGAGUUGGAGUCACACAUGCAUAUGUUGUAUUUGUUCAAAUGUUAGGAGGAUCAUGGCUUGAACGUAAUGUUGGUACAUUAAUUGCACAUGUACUUGAUCUUGUAACAAAUCCAAAAGCAGCAAGUUCACAUGUUGAUGCUGUUUAUUCUAGAAAAUGUGUUAACUUUAUAUUACAUGGUACUGUAGGAAAAUUAUUGGGUGAAGGAGCUCAAGCUGCUGCAUGUAAAGAAAUAGCACAUAUUAUUUUGAAACAAAUGAAUUCUAUUGAUUUUAGUCCAGAAAAUGCAAAAGAUUGUAAUCAAGAGACAUUAUUUAGUCAACAUUUAUUAGUAUGUGCAUUACAAGAAAUGGGAAACUUGAUCUUGGGUUUAGGUACAACAGCUUGUAAUUUAUUGUCUGAUCAAUCUUUGAAUUUAAUUGAUACAAUUAUGGCCGUUUUGGUUCAUCCAUGCCAAGCAGCUAGACUUGCAGCUUCUUGGUGUCUACGUUGCAUUUGUGUAGCAGUUCCAAGUCAAAUAACACCUCUGAUUGAUCGUUGUGUUGAUGGAAUUGAAAAUAUGCGUAGUUCACCAGAAGCAAUAGCUGGAUAUAGCAGUGCAUUAGCUGCUGUUCUCGGUAGUGUUCGUUUAUCACCACUUGGCGUUCCGCAUACAAAAGGAAAAAUUAUUUUUAAUACUGCAGAAGAACUUUUGAGAAGUGCAAGUCAAAACAGUCGUUUAUCGUUAAAUAGAACACAUGCUGGAUGGCUUUUAAUUGGAGCUAUAAUGACUCUUGGAACAGCAGUAGUAAAAGGAUUAUUACCUAGAAUGUUAUUAUUAUGGAGAAAUUCUUUUCCUCGUUCAAAUAAGGAAUUGGAAAGUGAAAAAGCUAGAGGUGAUGCUUUCACAUGGCAAGUAACUUUAGAAGGUCGAGCUGGUGCAUUAUCUGCAAUGCAUAGUUUCUUAUUACAUUGCCCAGAACUUUUAAAUGAUGAUAUUACAAGACGACUUCUAACACCAAUUGAAUCUGCAUUGGCAAUGUUAACAAAUUUAUCACCUGUACUAAAAAAUUAUGGUCAACAAUUAAAAGCUCCAGCUGCCAUGGUUCGUUUACGUUUAUAUGAAACAUUAUUAUUAUUACCACCUCAAACUUUUGAAGGUUCUUAUACGCAUCUUUUAAGAAUGUUGGUAUCAGAGUUUACAUUAACUGAAAAUCCCGGAAAUACUACAACUUCAUUAUUACGUGCUGUUUGUCAUGCUAAUGAUUCUGUAAUUCUUGGUACAUGGUUACAAGAAACUGAUCAUCGUACAAUAGAAGAUCAGAUGGAACCAAACAGAAGGGCAGAUUUGGAACAUUUACAACCAAAUAGUGCUGCAGGAUCUGGAGCUUUGGAACAUAAUCCAUGUUGUCUUUAUAGACCUGUACCACAAGAUGAUAUAAUACCUGGACCUUUACCUUUGGGAGUUGCAGUUAUUGAUCUAUCUGUAUCCUUAUUUGGUCAAAUCUUUCCACGUGUAGCAAAUAAACAUAGAUUACAAAUGUUAGAUCAUUUCAGUGAAUGUAUAAAACAUACAAAAUCUGGUAGACAAGAAGCUAUACAAAUGAAUGUUUUUACGGCUGUAUUAAGUGGAUUAAAAGGUCUUAAUGAAGCAAAAACUGGUUUUGGUCAAGAAGAUGUUAAGAAAUCUGCUACUAAUCUCAUUAUUAGUGCUUUGGUAAGCAGCAAUUCUAUAUUAAGAUGGGCAGCAGGAGAAGCUGUUGGAAGAAUGGCUCAAGUUAUUUCUGAUCCUAAAUUUACGGCAGAAUUAGCACAAACAAGUUUUGAUCGUUUAAAAUCAGCUCGUGAUGUUGCUAGUAGAACUGGUCAUUCUUUAGCAUUAGGAUGUCUUCAUAAAUAUGUGGGUGGAAUGGGAUCUAGUCAACAUCUGAAUACAAGUGUCAGUAUUUUACUUGCACUUGCCCAAGAUAAUUCAUCUCCUGUAGUACAAGUAUGGGCAUUACAUGCUCUUGCACUUAUAGCUGAUUCUGGUGGACCAAUGUUUCGAGGCUAUGUUGAACCUACAUUAUCCUUAGCUUUAACUCUUCUUCUUAAUGUUCCUCAUUCUUAUAUUGAUGUACAUCAAUGUAUAGGAAAAGUAUUAUCAGCUCUUAUCACAACAAUAGGUCCAGAAUUACAAGGAAAUACAACAACAAUUUGUAUGGCACGUUCAUCGUUUCUAUGUGCUUGUGCAAUUAUGCAAGACCAUCAAGAUCCUCUUGUACAAGCAGAAGCUACAGGAUGUCUUCAACAAUUACAUUUAUUUGCGCCAAGACAUGUUAAUUUAUCUUCUCUUGUUCCUACAUUAUGUCGAACUUUAUCAAGUAAUCAUCUACUUUUACGUAAAGCUGCAAUAUCUUGUCUUCGACAAUUAGCUCAGCGAGAAGCAAAAGAAGUAUGUGAACAUGCAAUGACAUUAGCUAAUGAAAGUCGAGAUACCAAUAUAGUAGAAGGUCUUGUUAUAACAGAAACUGGUCUUCCGGGCGUUUUAUUUAGUAUGUUAGAUACAGAAACUGAUAGCAAAUUAAUUAAAGAUAUCCAUGACACGUUAACUAGUAUGCUGCAAAUUCUAGCAGCAGAUCAUUUAUCUCAAUGGUUAUCCUUAUGUAAGGAUGUUCUUACAAUAGCAUCAGAUACGUGUAAUAACGAAGAAGGAAGUACUAUUGACGUCGAAGAUAGUACCACAGAUAUUGAUAAUGCUGAUGUAGAAGGAGAUGAUGAUCAAGCUGAAUUCCAUGCUGAUGAAUCUACGAAACAACGGCCGACUAUUACGCCACGAUGGCCAACUAGAGUUUUUGCAGCACAAUGUGUCAGGAAAAUUGUUGCUGCUUGUAUAAAUAAUAAGCACGCACAUUUUGAUCUUGCUUUAGCUAAAGAAAUGCAAAUAUCUAAAGGCAGAAGUGAUUUUCUAGUAUUACAUCUUUCUGAUUUAGUAAGAAUGGCAUUUAUGGCAGCAACAAGUGAUUGUGAUCCUCUUCGCCUUGAAGGAUUGAAAACAUUACAAGAAAUCAUAGAUAAAUUUGCUAAAGUUCCUGAACCAGAAUUUCCUGGACACUUAUUACUUGAACAAUUCCAAGCACAAGUUGGAGCUGCAUUGAGACCAGCAUUUUCAGCAGAAACAGCAUCACAUGUUACAGCUGCAGCAUGUGAAGCAUGUAGUGCUUGGAUUGGAAGCGGUGUUGCUAGAGAUCUCAAUGAUCUUCGUAGAGUACAUCAAUUACUUGUAUCUUCUUUAGAAAAAUUAAGAGAGGGACAUACACGACCACAACUUUAUAAUGAAAGUUUGUUAACACUUGAAAGAUUAGCAAUUUUAAAAGCAUGGGCAGAGGUAUAUGUAGUCGCUAUGAUAAAAGAUGGUUCUGCAUUGAAUAGUAAAAAUACAUUUAAUCAAAAUCUGAAUCAAAUUGAUGAUGAUAAUUCUGAAGAUUUUGGAAAAUUUGAAUUUCAGACUGAGAGUUUAUUAAGUUUAGUGCAACCUGAAUUAUUAAGUUUAAGUCAAUAUUGGCUAGCUGCUCUAAAAGAUCAUGCAUUACUUUCAUUACCUUCAGAAUUUUCUAGUCAAUUACCACAUGAUGGUGGAGCUUUUUAUACAACAGAUACAAUGGAAUCUGCUCGACCUCAUUAUGCUGAAUCAUGGGCUCCAAUCUUACAUGCUGCAACACUUUGGCUCAAUGCAAAAGGAUUUGAAUUGGAAGAAACAAAAAAUGAAGUGAAAAUAUCAAAUGCAACUAAUAACAAUAAUAAUAAUAACAACAACAACAACAAUAAUAAUAAUAAUAAUGAUGUUUCUACUAAUACUAAUACAAAUGUUGAACGUUUUCAUUUAUUAUUUGGUAUAUGUAUGGAAGCUUUGUGCAGUCCUCGUAUUUCAGAGUCUACUCAAAAUAUAGAAACGUGUUUAAAUGCAUUAUAUACUCUAUUAGAUUCUACAUGGGCUCGUAAAGUUUUAAUUACAGAUCGUUCAUUACCGAUUGAAUUAUGUAAUGUUCUUCAUAGAAUGCUUCUAACAAGAGAAAGUUUUAUGAUUCAAAUGAUAGUAAUGGAAGUUUUAAAACAAAUAAUGAAAGCAGCACAUGAAGAUUUAAUAGAAAAAAAGAAAUCUAAAUUGAAAGAAAUUGCAUCAGUACAUGAAGAAAGCAAUGAAACUGAAGAUGUAGAUUUGCUAGGGGAAGGAGAAGAAAAUGGUGAACUUAUUCCUGGAAAAUCAUUAGUAUUCGCUAUUUUAGAAGUGUGUUUGUGUCUUUUGGUUCGACAAAUACCAGCAUUAAAUCCUAAUCCUGGUGGAACUACAGCAAUUUUAUCUCAAAAAGGAUAUAUGCCAUCUGAAGAAAGCGGGAAACUUAUAGCUGCUACACUUAAUAUAAUGGAAUCUCUUCCUACUCUUUGUUCUCCCCAAGGAGCAAUAGCAAUUUUACCAACAUUAUUGUAUUUAUCAACUGGAGUAAUUAGAGAAACUGCAGUGCGUACUGACAAUGAAUGCAAUAAAACAACAUCAGAUGCACCAGUUCAUGCAGCUUUGCAUUGCAUAAAAAACCUUAUUACAAAUAAAUAUGCAAAAGAUCAUAAAAGUAAAGAACAAUGGACAAGUCUUUUACAAAGCGCUCUUGCUAAAAUUAUCGACCUCGCUAAAACUGGUAUUGGAAGAAAUGAUGAAACAAAAAUGGAUGAAGUGGCAAUGAUGUUAGGAAUUGCAGUAUUUGUUCUUCAUGCAUCGCCUGAAGUUGUGAGUGCACCGAACUUACAGUUUCCAUGUAUAAAUCAUUUUAGACACGCUUUUCAAUCAGAAAAUAUAAUGGUUAAAUUAAAAUGCGUUCAAACAUUGAGAACAAUAUUUUUACAUCCAGAACGUAUAAUAAGUACUCCUUAUAUUCAUGCAUUAGCUCCAAGAUUAGUAGAAUAUUUAUAUAGUGAUAAAAGUAAACAAGUCACAACUGAUGUGGGAUUGUCUUUCACCUUAGAAUGUGUUAAUACAGUUGAAGCUCUUAUAGGACUUGCUGAUCUUUCACAUCGAGAUCUUUUGCAAGGGAUACAGAUGUUGACUUUACUUGUGCCAAUCCUAAUUAAUUAUUUGUUGGAAGGAGAUCAACUACAACAUGCUUCCAAAUAUCAAUUAAGUCUUCAUCAACAAAGUUUUCAAUGGCUUAAUAAAAUAGGACCAAAAUAUCCUCAGGAAUUUAAAAUGUUAAUGUCACAAUCUACGGAAUUAAAAACUAAAUUAGAAAAUGCAGUUAGAUCUACUCAUCAACAAGCACAAAAACACCCUAGACCAGUAGAUCUUGUAAAACCACAGAUAAAAAUCUCUACACCAUCUAUUAAGCUCAAAACAGAUUUUUCAAAUUUUAAUUAAUCUUUCUUAAUAUAAUAUCAUUAUUAUAAUAGUUCAUUAAACAUGUUGUAUAUUUAUUUAAAAUAUUUAAUUUUAAUAUAAGUUAUUAUAUAAUUUUAUUAUAAAUUAAACUCUCAUAACUAAACACAAAAUAAUUUUAUAGAGAUAUUAAAAAUAAGAUAGAUAACAUAACAUAUAUCACAUAAUAAUGUUCUGAAAUAUAAAUAUAUAACAUGUUAAAAAAUAGUCUUUGUAAAUCUAUUAUUAAUAAUAGUAUUAUAUUAAUUCAUCAAGUAAAUUAUAUAAUUAGUAAAUUAUAUAAUUAUAUAUUUAUAUAUAAUUAUAUAUUUAUAUAAUAAAUAAUUCAAUAUUAUAUAUAACAAAAUAUUUUAGUUAUAUGAAAAUUCUUAUAUCUCGUUUUUCAGUACUUAUUUAUAUAUAUAUAUUAUCUAGUAUAUCAGGUACCGAUUUUUUUAAAAAAAUUGAAUUAUUCUGUUCAUUUUAAUGUUACGGUAUUCAUUCGCGCUUGUCUGAUUUUUUUUUAAUUCAAAAACUCAAACCCAACUAUAGAAUGAUUUUAGAUACUUGCAUAUUUCUAAUGUUUUUUUUAGAUAAAUAAGAAUUGAAUUUAAAUAUAAAAAGAUAAUAUUAGCAAAAUUUAAUAUGCAAAAUAUUAAAAAAUUUUUUUUAUUUAGUUAUAUUUUUUAAGUUAAAUUAUUGUUUUUGCUUUUUUAUAUAAACAUAUAAAAAAAUUAAUGAUGUAUAUUUAGAACAUGUGUACUAUAAGUGUAUAAUUAUAUUUAUUUUAAAUUGUAAAUUUUAUAUAUACAUAGUAUAUUUUGUAGAAAACAUUAAUAAUUUUCUUAAGUUUAUUUAUAUUAAUUAUAUUAAAAUAAAUAUAAAAAUUAAAAUUUAUUAUAUCAAGACAUAAUAAAAAAUUAUGGAAAUUAAUGAAAGAAUAAGUAGUAUUUUAUGUUAUGUAAUUAAAUAUAUUUUCUUAAAUUAUAAAUAUAUAUUUUGCAUAUUUAAUAUUACAAUAUAAAAAUAAUUCAUCAGUAAUUCAAAAGUAUAAUAUUCUAUUACUAAUAAAUUAAGAUUUAUAAUGUUACUAAUUAUAGUAUAAUUUAAGAAUCUUUUUUUAUAUAAUUAAUCAUUUUAAGUACAAUUUUUAAAUAUUUUAAAACUUAGAUAAAAUAGAGAUUAUUUGUGUAGUGAUUGUAUUUUAAAUUUUAACUUAAUAUAUUUAUAAUAAUUUAUUUUUAGUAAAUAUAAUAAACAGAUUAGAUUUUUGUUAAUGAAUAGGAAAUUCUUAUUCUCUAAAAAUCUAAUUUAUUAAUAUUUAAAAUAAUAUUAUAAAAUAAGUAGAUUAUAAAAAAUAGAUAUUAUAAAAAUAUAUUGUAAAAUAAAAUAAAUAUAAUGUAAAAGGAACAUCAUAUAUUAUGAAAUUAAUGAAAUUCUUAUAUAUUUCAUGCAAUAUACAUAAAUAAAGUAGAACAUAAAGUAGAACAACUAAAUCUAAUAUAAAGUAUUUCUUUUUAAUAUAACAUUAGCUAACAAAAUAUAGAAGAUAUAUUCUAUUCUAAUAUAAUAAUAACAAUUAUGUAUUAUAAUAAUAAUUAUUACAUUAAUUUUGAUAUUUGUUAGAAUAAUCAACUUAAAAUAUAAUAGAAAAAGAAAAAAAUAGAUUUUUUAGAUCCAUUCAAAAUAUUUGAAAAAAUCAUGUAUACAUAAAUAUUAUAAUCUGUUAUAAAUGUUUUUAAUAAAUCAUAGUAAUUUAAUUAAAAAUUUUAAAUAUAUUUAAUUAUUUAAUAAAAAAUUAUGGAAAUUAAAAAAUAUGUUGAAAUUAAAAUAAUAUUUAUAUUCAUUUAAAUAUAAUAUAUAAAUUUAAAAUUAAUAUUAAAUAUAUUAAAUUAGUAUAAAAAUAUAAAUGUUAUAAAUAUUAUAUUUACUUUAUUCUAGAAUACUUAUAUAUAUAUGUUAUUAAAUAUUAAGUACAUAUUAAAUAUUACAUAAUAUGUAUUAUGUAUUAUCUAUGUAAAGCAAUAUAUUAAUGUUAUGUAUUAAACAUUAAAUAUUAAAGAUAUUAAAAGAUAUAAAUAUUUAUCCUUUCAAAGAUAUGUAAAUUAUUAAAUAAAGUGUUAAUUAUAUAAUUGUACAUUGCAUUAUCGUGUUUUUUUUUUACUUUCACAAUUAACAUAUAUAUAUAAACUAUAUAAGCAUAUAAUCUUAUUAUAAUAUUUAUAUUAUGAUAUAUACGUCGUAUAUUUAUUGCUGUAUUAUUGAAAAAAAUAUGAUAUUAUAAUUGUAUUAAAUAUUGUAUAAUUAUAUGAAAGAAAUAUAAAAUUAAAAAAAAAUUGAAAUUGAAAAAUAUAAUAUUUCAUUGGUA